AUGGCCACAACCGUUACGGGCGAUCUGCCCCACGAUAACCUGCAGGCGCAGGCGAUUGGCAUGAUCUUGCCUUUCCAGCUGUUGCGACUGUUGCCGUCCUUCUGCGGGUGUAUAUCCGUCUAUGGACGCGCUCGUUUGCCGCAGGGCGAGACUGUCACUUCGUACUCUCUCUCUCUCCCGACCACUCCAGUGACUGUCAAACUGAAAAUCGCAGUGAUUAACUACAAUUACGUCGGCUACCAUAUUUGGGACGUCCCGUCGGACUGGGACUCGACACCAGGCAGAACUGCUCUACAACCCCGUCCUCGCCCUCAUCAAGACCUCUAUCCUGCUCUUUCUUCUCCGCCUGACAGGGCAGAAGAAGGCUGUGCGGCGAACGAUCAUUGCCUGCUCGUGCUGAACGCCAUCGCGGCCGUGGUUACCUUCCUGAUCACUACGUUCAGCUGCCUCCCUGUGGCAUCCAACUGGGACCCAAACUCGUACCCGAACGAAAAGUGCAUCAACCUUUCCGACUUCGUCACGGGGACUGCGUCUGUCUCCAUCUUUACAGACUUUCUCGUCUUGCUCAUGCCGACGUGGAUCGUGUACAAUCUGCAUAUAGCAAAGAAGCAGAAGAUCAUGCUCAUUGGGAUUCUGUCAUUCGGGUUGAUGUAG